AUGGAUUAUUUUGUUUACUUACAGAGUACCUCUCUUUUUUCGGUUGUAAGGGAUUAUUUUGUUUAUUACCAAGUACCUCUCUUUUUCUGUUUUGAGAGAUUAUUUUCUUUACUUACCGAGUACCUCUCUUUUUACUGUUCUGAGAGAUUAUUUGUUUACUUACCGAGUACCUCGCUUUUUUUCUGUUCUGAAGGAUUAUUUUGCUUACUUACCGAGUACCACUCUAUUUCUGUCCUGGGAGAUAAUUUUGUUUACUUACCGAGUACCUCUCUUUUCUGUUCUAAGGGAUUAUUUUAUUUACUUAGAGAGUACCUGUCUUUGUUUGGUUGUAAGGGAUUAUUUUGUUUAUUACCAAGUACCUCUCUUUUCUGUUUUGAGAGAUUAUUUUGUUUACUUACCGAGUACCUCUCUUUUUACUGUUCUCAGAGAUUAUUUGUUUACUUACCGAAUACCUCUCUUUUUUCUGUUCUGAGAGAUUAUUUUGCUUACUUACCGAGUACCUCUUUAUUUCUAUCCUGGGGGAUUAUUUUGUUUACUUACCGAGUACCUCUCUUUUUUUCUGUCCUGAGAGAUUAUUUUGUUGACUUACCGAGUACGUCUCGUUUUUCUGUCCUGAGAGAUUAUUUUGUUUAUUUACCGAGUACCUCUCUUUUUUUCUGUUCUGAGGGAUUAUUUUCUUUACUUACCGAGUACCUCUCUUUUUCCUAUUCUGACAUUUUAUGUUCUUUUCUUUUCUCAAUAGCUGUCUUUUUUUUCUGUAAUGACAUUUUAUUUCAUUUACUUACAGAAUAG